AUGGACGAGGCGGGGCACUCGGGCAGACAGCGCGGCUUCAAGGAGCGCGUGUCCCAUGCGGCGGGCGCCCUGUUCCGUGCAGCGGCUUCAGCUGGCGAGCUGUUGUCUGACCCCUCGCUGCGCAGGAGGGGCGCCGCCCUGAUUAUUGAUGAAGCGUCAAGGGGCAUCCAGGGCAUACAGAGAGGCCUGGAGGAGGGGGCCAGCACGGUGGCAGAGCUGGGCGUCAAACGGGUGCAGUCCGUGCUGAAGGAUAUCGAGCGCAAGGUGUCAGAGUUUCAGCGCCAGCAGCAGCAGCAGCAGCAUCACCCGUCAGACGCACCCGAGGCGGGGUUUGAUUUCCUGCGGCGCACACCCAUGGACAUCCAGAUGGGGGCUCAGGUGUAUGAGGACAUGCCCUCUGAGAUGCGGUCGCGGCUGUACUAUGUCCUUAGCACGCGUGAUGACGUUGCACACGCCCUUAAGCAGCAGGCGCUCACAAAUGGAGGCACAGGUUGCCAAAGUGGGCCGAAGCAUGUCAAGCGGCCCAGCACGGUGCCAGAUGGCGUAGUGCUCACUGAGACAGACGAGGGCGGGAAGGGUGCGGAGGGUGAGGGGCUCAGCGUAUCAGUGCGGCAAGGUGAAGGCGCUAGCCACGGCUGGGAGCAGCAGGGGCAGCACGUGGCCAAAGCAGCCAGUCCUGUGUGCCAGGAUCAUCAUCGUCUCCUUCAGCAGCAGCAGCAGCAGCAGCAGCAGCAGCAGCAGCAGCAGCAGCAGCAGCAGCAGCAGCAGCAGCAGCAGCAGCAAGAGCAGCCGCAGCAGCACCGGGAGCACGACAGGCAAGAGAGUCCUGAAGACAAGCAGCUUGGGGUCCAGCGGCAGGAGGGCGGUGCAGCAUCAGAGGUAGGGGGACCAGAGGCAGCGGAGAGCAGCGGCUGCAUGGCAAGCGCAGCAUCCAUGGAGGAGACGGCCGCACCAAACGGUGACGUGGUCGCGGCCCCGGCGCAUGAUGGGAUCGACUGCGACAGCACCCCCACAAACAGCAGCAGCUGCGGCGACUCUGCGCAAGCUGGUCCAGCGAGCGGCAGCGGGCAGGCGGGAGCAGCUGCAGAGAGUGGCGGCAUCCCCUUAGCGCCCCCUCCCUGGGACUUCACCUUCCAGCCGUCCGCCCCCAGCCCGUGGAAUUGCACUUCGGCACCAGCCUUCGACGAAGCAGCCGGCAUCAGCGGGCUCGGCAAUGCUGACGGUGCGCCGUCGCUGCCACUGGACGAUGCUCAGGGCGCGGCACGCCCCGCGUCACUUGCAAGGCGGUCCCAGGGGUCUGACGAGUGGGAGGUGCUCGACCGCAGCGCUCUGAGCGGCGCUGUGGGGGACUCUGGCGCAGUCGAGGCACUGGAGACAGUGCGGACGCUGGCACGGUCGAUGAUGGAGUGCGCCCCGCUGGACGAGGUGCGCGCGAGCCAGGCCGCUUUGUUUGAGGCGAUGGUGGAGGUCCCCUGGGUGGAGGGCGCGGGCAUCCCGGCGUCCACCGACCCGGACGGCCAAUACGCGCGCCUGGUGGCCACGCCGCCCGGCGAGGCAGUGCAGCGCUGCAUGGGGGGUGUUGAGCCCGUGGAUGACGUCAUUGCGAGGGACCUGGGGCGCACCUUCCCUGAGCACCCGCUGUUUGUGGCGGGGGACGGUCAGGCACGACUUGGCCGCCUGCUACGUGCUUACGCGCUGCAUGAUGAGGAGGUUGGCUACUGCCAGGGCCAGGCCUUUGCUGCGGGCAUGCUGCUGAUGUACGUGCCGGAGGAGGCCGCGUUCACCCUCUACUGCCGCCUGCUGGAUGAUCCCCCACGGGGCGCGGGGCUGCGGCGCCUCUACCAGCCGGGGCUCGACCCCCUUAAGUUGGAGCUGUCGCGGUUUGAGCUGCUGCUGGCCGGGCACCUGCCGGCCCUCCACGCGCACCUGCUGGCGGCGGGCCUGCCGGCCGUGCUGUACGCGUCGCAGUGGUUCAUGACGCUCUACGCGUCGCCCUUCCCCCUGCACUUUGGGGGCCGCAUCCUGGACGUGCUGCUGCAGAGCGGCGACGACGCGGUGCUUGCGCGCGUGGCGCUGUCCCUGAUGGAGGCGCUGCAGGGGGAGCUGCUGGCGCUCGACGACUUUGAGGCCAUCAUCACCGCCGUCAAGGUUCAAAAUGGCGGCGGCUGGGAGCGGGGUCUGCGGGUUGGCAGUUGCUGGUGA